UAAACAUAAAUUUAUGAAUUUCUUAGUUUAUUUAUCAAAAAAUAAUUUUAAAUUUAAAUAGUAUAAAAAAAUCGAAAGAAAAUGCCGGAAUAUAUGCAAUGGCAGUAUCCUGAUAUACCAGAGGAGGUUAAUAAACUGUUAAUGCAAAAUGAUAAAAAUCUAGUAAUAGUUGGUGUUAUAGGGAAAUCUGCAUUUCCCGAUUGCAACAAAAUGGUCGGUUUAGAAGUGCUAGACCGUCAUCCAAGUCUGAUAAAACAUGAGCCAAAAGAGGGACAAAUACAAUUUUAUUAUAAACCUAUGGAAUCUAUAUUAUUUUUACAUUUUGAGACCACUUACGAUGUGGCUUGCAUGCAAAAAAUGCUUUUGGAAGAGUUGGAACAACAAACAUUUGAUCAGUUUCUAACAUUUCAUCAAAAGAUGCGUAAUCGUUUUGCGCGCAUGUUUCUGUUUGCCACACAAGUAUGUCAUUUAAUAGUGUUUGUGGAAUUAAGUGUCACCUUUGAUGCUUCAUUGUUGGGCAUGUUUAAGGCUUUAAAGAUUAUAAGAGACCAUCAUGUUUUAAAGUUUUUGCCAAAAUUAAUGAAAAAUACUAGCACUGGUUUUUUGCUGGGCAAAUGUGCCAGAUUAUGUUCUCCUAGGCUUUUAUUUUUAUUCGAAAAUUUGCCUAAUGGUCAUGAAAAAAAUAAAGAAGCCAUUUCAAAAUCUGAAUUUGAUGUUGAGGAUAAUAUAUAUAAAAUGCUGCGCAAUGAAUUCGUGGUGGUUAAUAAUAGUAACAAUUCCUUGUUUUCUAUACCCGCCAAUUUACGUUUCGUGUACUAUAAUUUAAAUGAUAAAUUAAGAGAAGAUCCUUUAUUGAAAUCAGUAGAAAUGUUGCAUGAAUUAAUACAGAAACCCAAUUUUACCCAAGAUGAUGAGGAUUUGGAUGAUUUGUUGCCUUUUAAGGGCUUUGGCAAACCUUUAAACUUAAACAAUUGCGAAAAUAAAUCCGAAUCUUUUGAGGAUUUGUAUGUGAAAAAUCGCAAAUUUAAAGAUUUAUUGAAAGAGCAUGUAGAUCAAGCUUUCGAUGUGGGUUUUAAUGAUAAUUUAACCAAAUUUAAAGGCAAAAAUCACUUUGUGCUUUUACCUUUUAAACCUUGGUUUGAGACUUUUAAAAUGUUGCAUAAAUUGUUUAUAGAAAAUCCUGAUAAUAAAUCAUUUGAGGCGAAUGAUCCUGAUUAUAAAUCUUAUUUGGAAAAUUUUGAUAAAAUCUUAAACUAUGAUAGCGAAUUUUUUAAAGCUUGCUGUGAUAUUGGUCUGCAGAAGGCUUUUUCCAUGUACAAUAAUCCUACUUUAACUUACUACAGUGGUAUAGUGCAUAAGAAAUUGGUCGAAGAAGCCGUUACGUUAUAUAUGAAAUACGCUCGCGGUCCAGAUACCGCCACUAAUGAAGCAAAACUGCGUGAAAUGUGUGAGACUUGCUGGAAAUGUGGCAAAGAACAAUGUGAAUAUCCUAGUUUAAGGGGUAAUCCAUGUGCUAGAGCCAAGCAUACAGCUAAAGAUCCCACCGAGCAUACCAGUAAUUUAAUAUUCAUAUCGGCCUGUAAUUGUGGCAAGUCCCAGGGAAGACGAGAGGAUCCUUACAGCAUUAGGAUAGCUAACUAUGAAUUUUAUGAAUAUAUGGCGAGUAAUUGUAAUUUAUGUGCAAAAGUGAAGAGAAUACAUUUUGCCAUAUUUGAGCCAUCGAUUAAUGAUUAUAGAGCUGCCGAAUUCGAUAUUGGUUUUCCCAAACUCAUCAUUAACGAACAACCUGAUAUGCAAUCGAAUUGUGUGUCAAACAUUCCCGAUGAAGAGCAAUUUGCUCUCAAUAAUUCGCAACCUUUAACCGCCUCACAAGGCACUCAUACCAAUCUAAGUCUUUCGGUAUCUAUGGAAAAUCUAAAUAACCUAGACGAACAAGAUAACGAUGAUAUUAAUAGUUCGGUAGAAGCUCUAAAUGAAUUGAUCCUAAAAGUUAAAGAUAGAGACUCUGAAGAUGAUGAAAAAGAAAGAUCUAUAGUGAGACAACCCUCAACUACGGAAUAUUUGCCGGGUAUGAUGCAUACCGAAAGCCCGAUUGGAUUGCUGCCACAAUUUCCCAGUUGGUCUUUGUGCUGUGUGGGUUCGAGUUCGGUUUACAGUCAUAGCAAUGGUUUGCAGGAACAUUUUCAAUCGGGAUUUUUGUCGGGCUCUAAUUUUCUAUUGCCCUGGGAUGUUCAAGUACGUUUGGAGCAUUCGGCCCAGUGGGCUUAUGAAAAGACCAGAUACCGUAAAAUGGGUGAAGUGUUUGUGUUGAAAAUAUUUGUGGGCUUUGAGUAUGAAUGUCCCAGAGGUCACAGAUUUAUGAUGUCGGCACCAGAUAAGAUUUUAAGAGGAGGUUCAGGAAUUUUACGUGACAGCGGCAGCAAAGUGGUUUACAAUAAUAUGCCUCUGUAUUUCCCCUGUCCCUGCCGCACCAAAAACUUUAAUGUGGCUCAAUUGAUGCGUGUUCAUGUGGUCACACCGAAAGCUCCUGUCAAUGUCUCUUUAGAUCCUAAAGUACGUACGGGAGAUAGAGAUUUUGUAAUGGGCUUACCCGAACCUCCGAAACUAUCACAGAGUGCUUAUUGGAUUUUACGUCUUCCCUAUGUGUAUCAAGGCGAUGAGGGCCAUAUACCCCCACCCAUGGAAGUUACCACUGCAAAUGCUCUUAACUAUGGCUGCUUAAUGGCUGGCAUGUUUGGUGUAAGUGAAGUUGAGGCAGAUGAAUAGUUUGGGAAAAAAUAGUUGGCGCUGAUAAAUUA